AUUUGUUUUUCUCUUUAAUUUUAAUCUGUAUUUAUUUUACUGAUAUGCUUGAUUGCGUUUAGAGUAACGCAGUUAUUAAGAAUAACAAUAUCAAAAUUUAAGAUAAUUUCAUCAAUUGUCAGCGACGGUCACACCACUAAAAACACCCAGCAAAAAUCGCAAUAAAUAUGUGAUUUUGUCAAAACAAAAAUGGAGGAAUCACCUUACCUGCACAGCCCCUACCAGGUGUCCAUAAUCGCCACUGACCUGCACCAUGAGGACACUAUAAUCCAAGCAGCCCAGUCCCUGGACUGUCUCCACAAAACAAUAAACUCAAUUUUCGAGCGAAUCGAUGCCCGCUUGGCGAGAAAUGGUUCAAAGGUUGAGGACAUCAAUAAUCGUGUAAAGCGCGCCCAGGCUAAAAUCGAUGCGCUCGUUGGCUCCAAGCGAGCUAUACAGAUCUUUGCUCCCGCUUGCUUCCCGGCUGGCGACGUACUGGCUCCUCUGCCGGCCACCUUUCCACAGGUGGUGGCUAAUCCGCUGAUGGAGGAGCAGGUCGAGCAACAGCCUCACCGCCGUUACAGCGGCCUCGGCACCUCGGAAAAGCAAGAAGAUGGGGACAUCUUCUUCCACGUACGUGGCGACCGGGAGCACGAAUCCCCGCUGGUGUCCGAAAGGAAAAUGACCAAUCGCACCGCCGGUCUGGGAGCACUUCCUAUGACCGGAGUGCGCUCGGUGCCUUCACUGAUGCGGUUCAAUACCAAUGAGUUCGCCUAUGGAGAGGAUCUAAAUGCCUGGAAGCGCUCCCUACCACCGCAAAGUGCCCGUCGCGUAGCCAGUCAGUCCUCGCGGCCUACUGCCGAAAAGCUGCUAGCUCCGGCUCCGCACUCGCUGGCCCAUGGCACCACCAAAUUGGCUACGCCAGCCGGAGAUCUGCGCUACAAUCCUGCCGCCCUGGCUGCCCCCGCCAUGGAUGUCCCCCUGGAUCUGCCCGAUCUUCCUGGCAUAGCCAAUGAUCUGCAGUACGAACCCGUUGAAGAGCAGACACCGAUAGCUCCUUCGCAGCAGUUCGGCGAUUUGCCAGAGCUACCAGAUCUGGGCCUGGAGGAGCAGGUGAUCACGGUGCAAGCAAUAGCGGCCCAGACGCACAUUCCAGGACCUGCUCGAAAGUCGGCUCUGGGACAAUCUCCAUCUCCAGUUAUGGCGCCUCCACCACCACCACCGCCGCCGCCGCCACCUCCUCCGCCCGAGCAGAUGAAAAGGGUUCCUACGCCUCCACCGUUCCCAACUAAGGGAGCUGCAAAACCACUCUCACCCUCACCAUCUACGCCCCUUAACAUGCCGCCGCCUCCUCCUCUACCUGAAGAUCCACGAUCCGAGCUUAUGGCAGCCAUACGGAAUGCUGGUGGAGUGCACGGCGGGCGCCUACGGUCGCCGGCGGCUGCCCCUCUCGAUGUAGUGGACAAGUCGCGUUCCAAGGCGGGGGCUGCUGCAACGGGAGAUCUGAUGGCAGACUUGCACAACAAGCUGAUGCUUCGGCGCAAAGGAAUCUCUGGAAGCCAAAAUCCUGGGGAAGCCACUGCUGGCAAUCCCCUGAUGCAGCAGCUCUCUCGAGUGAUUCCGCCACCAGUGCAGCCGCGCAAGGGAUCGCAAUCCAGUGAGGAGGGGCGCUCCGACGACGACGAAGACGUGUGGAAAUAGCCGUAACUUUGAAGUUCGAAACCCCUUCUCUACCAAUUUAGCUUUAGCACCGGUGCAAGUGCCUUAGCUAGCUUUAAGCACUAGCUUCUCUAGCUUAAUUUUACCAAUCUCCGGAGAGAAUUUGAAAUUCUGCGCCCAAGCGAGCAUGCCAAAUUAGGUCAAUGUGAAAUAGUUGAAUAAAAGUAACAACUAAAACCA